AUGAAGGAUGCAGGAUUUGGGGCUUUUAUCUCCUUUCCUUUCAUCCAAAUGGGUCAUUCAUACACCCAUAUGCAAGCCGAGAGGUGGUUCCCCAACCCCAGCAAUCUUCACUUGCCAGUGGGGGAGUUUGUCCCGAACUUGUAUAACUGGUUAGCUAUCCUUGGGAUUAGUUUGGGAGUUGGCUUGGAGGGACAACGAACUUUCACUUUGAGGCAUCUGUUGCAGAUUCUACGACUAGGUGGCCAUGUUGUGAGGACUGACGAGAAGAUAUUGAUAACGAGCGCUGUCUGCAAGAGUCUGGAUGUGCUACGAGCUCUGAUUGUUGGUUCUGUUGGACAUGCAUGA